AUGCUGGGUCAUGAUGAUAAGAAGGAAUAUCUUGUGAAGUGGAAAGAGCUUCCAUAUGAUGAAUGCUAUUGGGAGCUCAAGUCAGAUAUCUCUGCAUUUCAAACAGAGAUAGAAAGAUUUAACACCUUUAAGUCUAGAUCAAGGAAACUUUUGUCUAGUAAGAAAAAGCGUAGUGUUGAGGAUGAUGCUGAACUGAAUAAGCAGCAGAAAGAAUUUCUACAGUAUGAACAUAGUCUUCAAUUUCUUUCAGGGGGUGCACUGCAUUCAUAUCAACUUGAAGGAUUGAACUUCUUGCGAUUCUCAUGGUCCAAGCAAACUCAUGUUAUACUUGCUGAUGAAAUGGGACUCGGCAAAACCAUACAGAGUAUUGCUUUCCUAGCAUCCCUUUUUGAAGAGAAUGUUUCUCCACAUCUGGUGGUUGCUCCACUUUCAACAUUACGAAACUGGGAACGUGAAUUUGCAACUUGGGCUCCUCAAAUGAAUGUUGUUAUGUAUUUUGGAUCUGCCAAAGCUCGUGCUUUUAUUAGAGAGUAUGAGUUUUACUUUCCAAAGAAUCAAAAGAGGAUCAAGAAAAAAAAAUCUAGACAGAUAGUUAACGAAAGCAAACAAGAAAGGAUAAAGUUUGAUGUCCUUUUGACAUCAUAUGAGAUUAUAAAUUCUGAUACAUCAUCAUUGAAACAUAUAAAGUGGGAGUGCAUGAUAGUUGAUGAAGGUCAUCGUCUCAAAAACAAGGACUCUAAAUUAUUUUCUUCAUUGAAGCAAUAUUCUAGCAAACAUCGUGUGCUUUUAACAGGAACUCCACUUCAGAACAAUCUGGAUGAGCUUUUUAUGCUUAUGCACUUCCUUGAUGCUGGAAAGUUUGGAAGUUUAGAGGAGUUCCAGGAAGAGUUUAAGGAUAUCAAUCGAGAGGAGCAGAUUUUGAGACUACAUAAAAUGUUGGCGCCACAUCUCUUGCGAAGACUGAAGAAAGAUGUCAUGAAGGAACUUCCUCCAAAAAAGGAACUUAUUUUGCGUGUUGAGUUAUGCAGCAAACAGAAAGAAUACUACAAGGCAAUUUUGACCCGUAAUUAUCAGAUAUUAACCCACCAAGGUGGUGCACAAAUUUCUCUUAUCAAUGUUGUUAUGGAACUGCGUAAGCUCUGUUGUCAUCCCUAUAUGUUACAAGGAGUUCAACCAGACCUAAAGGAUGAAAAAGAAUCAUACAAGCAAUUUCUUGAAUCGUCUGGGAAGUUGCAAUUGUUGGAUAAGAUGAUGGUGAAGCUUAAAGAGCAAGGACAUAGAGUUCUCAUAUAUUCCCAAUUUCAGCACAUGCUGGAUUUGCUUGAAGAUUACUGUGUUUACAAGCAUUGGCAGUAUGAGAGGAUAGAUGGCAAGGUUGGAGGAGCUGAAAGACAAGUACGGAUAGAUCGGUUUAAUGCUAAAAAUUCUUCAAGAUUUUGUUUCAUACUUUCUACUAGAGCUGGGGGAUUGGGAAUAAACCUAACAACAGCUGACACAGUUAUUAUAUAUGACAGUGAUUGGAAUCCUCAUGCUGAUUUACAAGCUAUGGCUAGAGCUCAUCGACUUGGACAAACUAACAAGGUGAUGAUUUAUAGGCUUAUAACGAGGGGAACAAUUGAGGAAAGGAUGAUUCAGAUUACAAAGAAGAAAAUGGUGUUAGAACACCUGGUUGUAGGGAGUCUAAAGGCUCAAAACAUUAACCAGGAAGAGUUAGAUGAUAUCGUAAGGUAUGGCUCAAAGGAGUUGUUUGCUGAUGAGAAUGAUGAAGUGGGCAAAUCUCGCCUAAUUCAUUAUGAUGAUGAAGCAAUAGACAGACUGCUGGAUCGAGAUCAACUUGGAGAUGAAAAGGCUGCUGUAGAUGGUGAAGAUGAAGAUGGAUUUUUGAAGGCCUUUAAGGUGGCAAAUUUUGAAUAUGUUGAGGAAGUUGAGCCAUCAGAGGAGGUGACACAAAAUAGAGCAAAGGAGAACCAAUCCUCUGUGACUAGUUCAAAAAGAACAAAUUACUGGGAAGAGUUGUUGAAAAAUGCAUAUGAAGAGAAUAAAGUUGAAGAGUUAAAUGCCUUGGGCAAAGGCAAGCGAAACAGAAAUAAAUGGCUGGGGGGCGGUUUUAGUGGUUUGGAAGAUGUAAGCUCUGAUGAUGAAGAUGACAGUUACAAAGAGGAUCUUACUGAUGAUGAUUCAAAUUCAACUGAAACUACUACUACUAGAAGGCCUCACAAAAAGAAAGCUCGUGAUAGCAUGGGGCCACUUCCUUUAAUGGAAGGUGAAGGAAGAUCUCUGAAAGUACUUGGUUUUACUCAAAAUCAAAGGGCUGCAUUUGUUCAAAUUUUGAUGAGGUUUGGGGUUGGUGAUUUUGAUUGGAAAGAAUUUACUUCCCGCAUGAAACAGAAGAGUUAUGAAGAAAUCAUGGAGUAUGGAAAACUUUUCUUGUCUCAUAUUGCAGAAGAUAUAACAGAUUCCCCUACAUUCACAGAUGGUGUUCCAAAAGAAGGACUUCGAAUAAAAGAUAUACUUGCAAGGAUUGCAGUUCUGCUCUUGAUAAGGGACAAAGUGAAGUUUGCUUCAGAAAAUCCUCGAACUCGGGUUUUUUCAGAUGAUAUCUUAUUACGCUAUGCAGGUUUGAAGGGGGCAAAAAUAUGGAAGGAGGAGCAUGAUUUGGUGUUACUGCAUGCUGUGCUGAAGCAUGGCUAUGGAAGGUGGCAUGAUAUUGUUGAUGAUAAGGAUCUGAAGAUUCAAGAGGUCAUCACUCAGGAGUUGAAUAUUUCAUUUACAAAAUUACCAGUUCAUGGACAAGUUUGCUCUCAAGUGUACAAUAGUGCAAAUAUGACAAAUGUGGAGUCCAGCUGCAACCCUUCUGCUGAAACUGAUAAGAGUGACAUAGCAGAUGAUGGUGCAAAUAUGACAAAUGUGCAAUCGAGCUGCAACCAAUCUAAGGAGAGUGGUGUGAGUAACAUUGCUGCUGAAGGUGCACAUGGUUCUGGUGAUUCUGGGAAUCAAGCACAGUUUAGAGACAUGCAGAGAAGACAUAUUGAGUUUAUAAAAAAAAGGUUUCUUCUCUUGGAAAAAGGUCUCAACGCCGAGUACCAGAAAGAAUACUUUAGUGAUUUGAAAGUAAAUGAGGUGGAAAAUGAUGAACCUAAAGCUGACAUUCAAAUGAUUGGUCAACUGCCUCGAAUCGAAGCAAUAGGUUCAGAAGAAAUUUCUAUUUCUGCAUAUGAUUGUGAUCCUGAUCGAUUGCAAUUAGUUUGUCUUUACAACAAGAUGUGCAAGACUGUGGAGGAAAACACCAUGAAUUUAAUUCAGGAGUUAUCGGCAAGAGAACUAACAGAAGUCAACGUUAUUAAGAACUUCCAUCAACUGGAAAUCAUUUCAGCGGAUGUCAACAGAAUUCUAAAUCAACAAAAUAAACGUUCAGCUGAAACGCAAGUACUAAAUUCUAACAAAUCGAAUACUUUAUCACAGACUGAAGUUGUGGGCUCUGGAUUGCUGUCUAGUUCUCAAGAUAAAUGCAAAGCUGAAGAUGUUGUAAUGGUGUGUGAACCUAAAAAAGAAAGUGAUCAGGUUACCAAGAUUUCCCAAGACAUGGGGAACUGAUGUCGAAAUGGACGGAUCAGAAUUAAGAACGAUACAAACUUGAAUGUGAUCAUUUUUAGAUGACUAAAACCGAUACCUUAUAGACAGAUAUUUGUCAUAUUUGUAUCAUAAAAGUCUCAAAUAUCAAUAUUUUUGAACUCAUUUGUAGGAAUAUAGAUAUAGAUUAAAAAGAAAAGGCACCGUAGCAUAUACAGUGUUGUAAAUCCGUUGAUUCACAAUACAUUGGAAUUUAAUUGUGUUUUAAGUUGC